AUGAUGCAUGGCGCGGAUGCACAACGGCCGAUAAUCGUCGAGAGCGCCGGUUCGCUCUGGACGAGCGAACAAACGCCGACAGGCGAGAUAGCCAUUGGGACGUGGGAUGGAGGACUCCACCGCAAGCUACCUAAAAGGGAAGGUCGUGAUGUGCAGCGCACGAGCCAGGCGAACCGGGGAUUGACGACCGCUAGUGGGAUUGAAGUUAGGGUCGAGUGGAGAUGGAGGAGCGAGAGGUUUUGGUUCGAGAGGGAGAGGAGAGGAGAGGAGAGGAGAAGAGAAGAGAGAGAGGAGAGGUUACCUAGCUGGUGCCGCAAGAGGCAAGGUUCUGCUGCCUGA